CGCCCUCUCAGCCCUCGCCCGCCGAGGCCCCGCCCACAUCCUCAGCAUCUUUCCGGCGGCCCGGACCUCCCUGGGAGGAGGUGCCGGCGCUGUGGGGCUGGCUCCACCCCUGGGGGCUCCUAUUGGUCGAGUACUGGCGUCCUCCUCAGACUGCUUGCCUAUUGGCUUGCGUGUGCGAGCGCCGCGCCCUAUUGGCCCGUUGUGCUUUGGGCACCAAAUUCAAAGAUUUUUAAAAGUACCAGCUGGCGCCUUUUAAGAGCAGCAGCUCCGCGGAGCGGCGGGUCACCUGCGUCGCCGCCGUCGCCCUCGCUCACCUGCGGCCGAGCCUGCGUCCUCCGGCAUGAUCCGCCGCACCUGCCGCUGUGUGGCCCGGCCGGCCUCCUGCUGCUGCGGCUCCGGUGCAAGGACAGCGGCUGAGCGCCCGCGCCUGCCGGAAUGUUGUAAAGAAGAAAACUCUUUUUCUGUAAAAAUGAAGUGUGAUUUUAAUUGUAAUCCUGACCUUUCUGAACUUAAAGUAGAAAAACCUGAUGACAGCAUAACACAGGGUUCCUACACCCCUGUGAGCUUGAAACUUUCUCUUAAGAAUUGUUUUAAAAACCAUGAAAGGUCAUCUUUCCUUGAGUCACCAAUUGUGAGUCCUACAAUUUCGGACCUUGAUAAUAAGGAAAAUGGACGCGUGCAGCAAAUACUCAGUAUUUCAAGUGAAAUAGAAGAGCUAGAGGCCAAUAGACUGUGUGAAGACAGUGGCUACUCCUCAUUUACACAUCACGGCGGACAGGAAGAUGGCAUCCUUGUCUUGGAGGAGAAUUUCAGAAACAGCCCUCAGUCCUGCCUGCUACCAUCCCAAAGCCCAGACCAGUAUCCCAACAAAAACUUGCUUCCCGUGCUUCAUUUUGAAAGAGUAGUUUGUUCAACAUUAAAAAAGAAUGCCAAGCGAAACCCUAAAGUGGAUCGGGAAAUGCUGAAGGAAGUUAUAGCCAGUGGAAACUUUAGGCUCCAGAACAUAAUUGGCAAGAAAAUGGGCCUAGAGUGUGUAGAUAUUCUCAGUGAACUCUUUCGAAGAGGAUGCAAGCAUCUCUUAGCUAAUAUUUUGACAAAACUCGGUGACAUGGACUUAAUAAAUUUGUCUAAAGUGAGCAGGAUUUGGAAGAAGAUUCUAGAAGGCGAUAAAGGUGCAUUCCAGCUAUACAACAAAGCAAUGCAAAGAGUCCUUCAGGAAAACAAUAAGUUGUCGCUGUGUAAUUCAACUAGAGGACAUGCCACAUGCAGAAUCGCAUUAACUUCUGUUCAGAAAACAGCCUGGGCUCCUCCCAAAAAAGAUGCUCAAACCAAGUUACCCAGUCAACGUGAUCAGAAAAGUUCUGCUUACAGUCGGCACAGUGAAUUCCUUGAGGUUGCCAAGACAUUGAAAAAUAACGAAAGCCUCAAAGCCUGCAUUCGGUGUAAUUUCCCUGCAAAAUAUGAUCAGUAUUUAGAGCGGGCAACCUGCAAACGAGAAAGCUGUGGGUUUGAGUAUUGUACAAAGUGCCUCUGUGAUUAUCAUAACACCAAAGACUGUUCAAAUGGCAAGCUCCUGAAAGCCAGCUGUAGGAUGGGCCCUUUGCCUGGGACUAGAAAGAGUAAAAAGAAUUUACAAAGACUAUGACCUUUUGUUAAAUCAAUUGUAAAUGAUCAUGAAGGAUACUUUUAAAAUGUUAGGUUUUAACUUAAAACUGUAUUUUUUUUUUCGACUUCUGUAGUGUCUGAGGAGUCUUUCCCUCUGAACAGAGGACAUACAACCUCUUAAAAUAUAGUUUAAUAGUCAGAAUUUUAAAUUGGCCACACAAAUGGAAAAUUUAAGUGUUUUAAGAAAAGAUAAAAUGAAACUGGCUCAAUUUUAUAAUAAAAGGACACCAUAGAAUUUUACCUAUAGAUGUGGUUCACAGUGUUAGCAUUUGAGACAUUCUUUUACCAGAUGUGUAUUAAUCCAGUAUCAACUUAAGGAGUCUGUUCAUUUAAAUGUUUUGUCUGUCUGUUUUCUUGUUGCCCUAAACCUUUUUUUCAGUGUUUUCCAAAAAAGUAUCUUUUGUAAAGUCUUGUUUUCCUUCUGAUGUCUGUUUUAUAUGUUUAUAUCUGUAAAUAUUUCUAUUUUUAUGUGCCAAAGAAAAUAUACAUAUAAAUUAAUUUUGUUACAAAUAAAAUUGUUAA